AUGCCAGCGCGGUACAAGGGUAAAUCUGGGUUUGUCGAACGUGCUGGAGGUGGCGGCAAAUGCGGGUCACUACCGCCCUGCCAGGACCUGCAAAGAGGCGGGAAAGGGAGGCGGGGCUCGGGCGUGACCCCCGAGCAGGUGACACACGUGGUGGUCACCCACGGCCACUCGGACCACGCCGGCAACCUCAACCUGUUCCCGCGAGCCACGCUGCUGGUGGGCUUCGACCUGAGCCGGGGCCGGGGGCUUUACCUGCCGCAGGGGCUGGCCAGCGGAGCCCCCCUGGAGCUGCACCCCGGCCACCUCCGGGUGAUCCCCACGCCCGGUCACACCCGGGCUCACGUGGCCCUGCUGGCCCUGGGCACGCGGCUGGGGACGGUGGCGGUGGCCGGGGACACCUUCGAGCGCAGGGGGGACGCGGAGGAGUGGGGGGCGCUGAGCGAGGACCCCCGGCGGCAGCGGCGCAGCCGGGGCAGGGUGGUGGCCCUGGCCAAUGUCAUCGUGCCCGGGCACGGGGAGCCCUUCAGGGUGGUCAAGGAGUGGGGGGACGGGGGGAGCGAGGAGGAGGAGGAGGAG